UAACCCAGAAAGUAGAAACAAAACUCUGGCCCUAACCUUAAGCAAGUCACGCAGCGCCUCCCUCCGUCAUUUUUUUUGUUCUGAAUUCCCAUCCUCCUCCUCGACGUAUGCUCUGAGAGAGUGAACACUGAGCAGUCCAUCCUCUAUUCGACCAUUCCUUCUCCUCCAUCCUUCUCACGCAGGAGCAGGGGAGCCUUCGUCUUCGCUCUCAUCGUGCCGUCGCAAGUCCCAACCGCAGCGCUCUUCUCCGCGCAGCCGUAGCAGAGAGCGCCAGCCGUCGCGGUAAACCGAGCAGCCCUCUCUGUCGCCAAGAAGCCCUCGCUGUCACCAAGCAACCGCAUCUUUUUGGGAUGUCGCAGCAGUUCGCGUCGUCGCAGUAGGCCGUCACCGAGCAGUCCUCUCCUCGCUGGGCAAUAGCAGAAGUUCAAGCCCUCUCCUGCAACUCAACAAUGUUUUAUUCGGAGCAGGUUCACCAUCCUCUGUAACAGCACUCUCUAAAUCAACUCUUUCCACUGUUUCUUCUGCGGGCUUGUGAGACUGCUCCUCCUGAUGCCCAUUUGCAUUUGCACUAGCUGUUAAAAAAACACAAACAUGUUCUUUGCCACUUCAGUUUUGGGCAUGUUUUGUAAUGAGAAACUGCCACACCAUGGACACAGGGGAGAAUACCUACUCAAAUCUGUUGCGUGGAUAUGCGAAAGAUUGGAACUUGCACGGUGGAAGAGCAAUUCACGCCAGGUUCAUCAAAGGAUGUCUUCCUAUAACACUUUUUCUUCAAAACCAUUUGCUUAACAUGUAUGUUAAAAUUGGAGACCUUCCUUCUGGACGCAGAGUGUUUGACGAAAUGCCUCACAGGAAUGUGGUUUCCUGGUCUGCUGUUAUCGCAGGUUUAGUCCGAGACAGCUAUGCUUCGGAAGCUCUUUCUUUGUUCAGCCGUAUGCACCAUGAGGGACUCACAAAGCCAAAUGAGUUCACGUUUGUUAGCACCCUGCAGGCAUGCUCGUUAACCGAGAAUAUAACCUGUGCUUACCAGAUUCACUCGUUGAUCGUUCGGUCAGGACUUGAGUCUAAUGUCUUCUUGUUGAAUGCCUUUUUGGCAGCCUUGGUGAGGCAUGGUAAAUUGGCAGAAGCAUUGCAAGCUUUUGAUGCAAGGACAGACAAGGAUAUCGUGUCAUGGAAUACAUUGAUGACAGGUUACUUGCAAUAUUCUUGGGAGGAGAUUCCUAGAUUUUGGUGUCGUAUGAACCAUAACAAUAUAAAGCCUGAUAACUUCACAUUUUCUUGCAUCCUUGCCGGAUUGGCUUCUCUAGCUCAUCUUGAAAUGGGAGUGCAAGUUCAUGGCCUACUUGUGAAAAGUGGUUAUGGUGAUGACAUUUGUGUUGGGAACUCUUUAGCUGAUAUGUAUAUAAAAUGUGAAAAGUUGGUGGAAGGUUUUAGACUUCUGGAUGAGAUGCCGAAGAAAGAUGUUUGCUCUUGGUCCCAGAUUGCGAUCGGAUGUUUACAGUGUGGCGAACCAAGAAAGGCACUUUCAGUUAUUACACAGAUGAUGAGAGUGGGUGUAAUGCCAAAUGAAUUCACCUUGGCAACUGCCCUCAAUGCUUGUGCAAGUUUGGCUUCACUGAAGGGAGGGAAACAAAUCCAUGGCUUGAGGAUUAAACUUGGAAUCGACAUUGAUGUCUGCGUGGAUAAUGCACUUCUUGAUAUGUAUGCAAAAAGCGGAUGCAUGGAUAGUUCAUGGGAUACUUUCCAGUCGAUGAAUUCUCGUUCUGUGAUCUCAUGGACAACAAUGAUAAUGGCAUGUGCACAGAAUGGCCAAGCUAGAGAAGCACUUCAAGUUUUUGAAGAAAUGAAGAAGACACAGAAUAUAGAGCCAAACUAUAUCACCUUCAUUUGUGUUCUCUAUGCUUGUUGUCAAGGUGGGUUUGUUGAUGAAGGGUGGAAGUACUUGUUCUCAAUGACCAAAGACCAUGGAAUCCUCCCUGGAGAAGACCAUUAUGCUUGUAUGGUGAAUAUCUUAGGAAGAGCUGGACUCACUAAAGAAGCUAAAGAGUUGAUCCAAAGAAUGCCAUUUGAACCAGGUGUGCUAGUUUGGCAAACACUCCUUAGUGCAUGUCAAAUUCAUGGGGAUUUAGAAACUGGAAAACUUGCAGCAGAGCAUGCCAUGUUGAAAGAAUACAAGUAUCCAUCAACCUAUUUAUUGUUGUCUAACAUGUUUGCAGAGUUAAGAAAUUGGGAUGGUGUAAUGACUUUGAGACAACUAAUGGAGCAAAAAGGUGUAAAGAAAGUACCUGGAUCUAGUUGGAUUGAACUUGACAAAAUUAAGGACAUUUGUUGAGAUCUUUUAAAUUUCUAAUUUCGUUUUCUUGUUUUCAAUUUUAUACAAAAAUUUUGGUUAUUUAAAUA